AAAGCAGGCUCCCCCGAUAAACGUGUUUUCCUCGAAACUGUGUUUUUGAAGUCGCAUGGCAAGAUUUCUCGAGAAUUACUCAACCGAUCUUAAUGAAAUUGGAAGAAGGAUUUUUUUUUCGAUUACAACUAUUUGAAAAAAAAUGUCCCAAAAUUUUCAUCUUUUUGUAAAAAUGUUUGUCAAAAAUUCAACUUUCAGUAUUUUUUUCCUUCGUCCAAGUUCUAAGUUAGGGUUUUAGCUAAAACACCUAUACUUUAGAUGGUCCUGUAAGGAGUUAUCCUGCAAACCUUAGUAGCGUUACUUUGUAACAAUAAAAUAUUCUAAUAAAAUAUUUAAUUUUUUACAUGAAAAAAAAAUUGAAAAAAGACUGUUUUUUACCCGAGGAAAACCUUAAAUAAAACGAAAAAAACUACAUUUGAAUAGUAAGCAUCACUGAGCAUUUUCAUUCAUUUAUCAUUUUUUCAUUUGUCAUUUUCCGAAAUGUUCAUAAACUAAUACAUAAAAAAGUAAAUAAAACUAGAAACAAAACAUUUCACGCUUGUCAUUACAACUGCAGCAUGAUUUUAUAUGAGGACUUCGACACCAUCAAUCAAACUUCGCCGCAUUUUGAGCGACACGAGCACUUCGCGAUGGAGACCCCUAAUCAAAGUUGCAGCGCACUGCUUACAUUGCCGGUGGAGGAGCGAUGUGCCUACAUUGACAUUUCCACUGCCUGCAACACGAAUGUCUACUUGAUCAACUACAUACACAUCAUCUUUUGUAAAUUGCAAAUAUCCACCACUUUGGGCGCUGCAGUUACAUCGUUUAUACUACUCAUAAUUAUCUGCCUUUAUUUCAUCAUUUUCGGUGUUGCUGCAGAUGUUUUCUUUUGUCCUGCUUUAGCUGUCCUCGCGCGCAUGUUGAGGAUGAGUGAGAAUGUCGCUGGCGUUACAUUGGUCGCUUUUGGUAAUGGCGCACCCGAUAUAUUCAGCAGCCUAGCUUAUCUCGAAAGCAACACCCAUCGAUUGUACGCGGAUAUUUUCGCCUCCGCACUCUUUGUGGUCCUCAUUGUGGCUGGCGUUAUCUUUUAUAGUUUUCCAUUUGUGGCACAACCCUAUUUACUGUUACGCGAUGUGCUCUUCCUUCUACUCGAUAUUUGUGUUAUCGAUUUUAUAAUUAAGAAAGAUAAUGCUCUAUCCUUGCUUGAUAGUGUGAUCACGCUUUGCAUUUACUUUUGCUACUUAUUUGUGGUCAUAUUUGAUCAGUAUCUAGUGCGACGCGCCACAAAGAUAUUGCAGUACAGAAGGAACACCUUGAAGAGACUCUCCAAUAUGGAACUUAUUCGUCUCAAUGACCUGCGUACACAGGGUGUGAUUCGGCAGCAAAAGCGGUUGUCUUUUUUGGAUCGUCGUGAACCAAGUGUCAUAUAUACAGAUUCAAUGCGUUCGACCUUACCAAACCUUUGGCAACAAUUCUAUUUAAGCCUCAAGCCAUAUGAUGAAAGCGAAUGGGAAGGAGCCAAAAUGCCGACGAAAGGCUUCAUUAUAUUGCGUUUGCCGAUAUUGGCUAUACUCAAGAUAUUCAUACCAAUCACCGAUCAAGGCGAAGAAGGACACGGCUGGUCGCGGCUCUUGAAUUCCGCACAAAUAGUCUUAUUGCCAUCGUUUAUUUGCUAUGCUAUCCUGAGCAAGUAUUCUCUAUUUGAUUUACCCAUUUUCGUAUGGUCCAUGUUGAUAUCAUUUCCAAUAGCAUGUAUAGUGUUUGUUAAAACGACUACGAAUCGUACGCCACUUUAUCAUCAGUAUUUCUCUAUUCUCAGUGUGGCCGGUUCGUUAUUCGUUGUGCGCAUUUGCUGUGCAGAGAUCGUCAAUGUGCUCGCAGUUCUCAGCAUCUUUACUGGUUUAAGUAGUUCGUUUUUUGGUGUCACUCUCCUAUCUUGGGCAAAUAGCAUUGGUGACUUGAUUGCUAAUCAAUAUUUGGCUCGACAAGGCUAUCAAAAUAUGGCACUCGCCGCUUGCUUCGGUGGACCUCUAUUCAAUUCCUUACUGGCGGUUGGUUCAACUUUGCUAUAUAAAACUCUAACAUAUGAGGACUUUAUGAUUAAGGAAUUUGGUGAAGGUGUAAUGGGCGAGAAUUGUACUAUAUUCCUUAUAAUAGGCUUGUUUGCCAUUUUACUGGGUGCUCUCACCACAGACUUCUAUUUUCGCCCCAGUUUCGGUGUUUAUGUUAUUAUUAUGUAUUGUUGUUUUUCCUUAUAUAAUAUUCUUGGUGAAUUUGAAGUGAUACAUCCAUAUGGCACCGAUCACAGAAUGGAUCAGGCCAUCGAACCGGAACUUUAAUUAGUAGAGAAUGCGAUAUAAGCCAUACUUACUAUUAUUUAUAAUAAAAAUACACAACAUUAAAUUAAAAUUCACACUAAAAUCAAUACGU